CCGCUCCGCAGGCAGUGGUGUCGAGUGCCGAGCUCCGAGCCGAGCACGGCGCUGGGGGAGAGGCGGCGGCGCAGGCUCCGUGGGCGACAUGAGUUUGGCUGGGGGCCGGGCGCCCCGGAAGACCGCCGGGAACCGGCUUUCUGGGCUCCUGGAGGCAGAGGAGGAAGAUGAAUUCUACCAGACGACUUACGGGGGUUUCACCGAGGAGUCGGGAGAUGAUGAAUAUCAAGGGGACCAGUCAGACACAGAGGAUGAGGUGGAUUCCGACUUUGACAUUGAUGAAGGGGACGAACCAUCCAGUGAUGGAGAAGCAGAAGAGCCCAGAAGGAAGCGCCGAGUGGUUACCAAAGCCUAUAAGGAGCCUCUCAAGAGCUUGAGGCCUCGGAAGGUCAGCACCCCAGCCAGCAGCUCUCAGAAGGCCCGAGAGGAGAAGGCGCUGCUGCCUCUAGAGCUGCAGGAUGAUGGCUGUGACGGUCGCAAGUCCAUGCGUCAGUCUACAGCCGAGCAUACCCGACAAACGUUCCUUCGGGUCCAGGAGAGACAAGGCCAGUCACGGCGGCGGAAGGGACCCCACUGUGAGCGGCCGCUGACCCAGGAAGAGCUCCUCAGGGAGGCCAAGAUCACGGAAGAGCUCAACUUACGGUCCCUGGAGACGUACGAAAGGCUUGAGGCUGACAAGAAGAAGCAGGUUCACAAGAAGCGGAAGUGCCCUGGGCCCAUAAUCACCUAUCACUCAGUGACAGUACCACUUAUUGGGGAGCUGGGCCCCAAGGAAGAGAACGUCGAUGUAGAAGGACUUGAUCCCGCUCCCACAGCUUCUACAUUGACUCCCCAUGCUGGCACCGGACCCGUCAUCCCCCCUGCUCGCUGCUCACGCACCUUCAUCACUUUUAGUGAUGAUGCGACAUUUGAGGAAUGGUUCCCACAAGGACGGCCCCCGAAGAUCCCUGUCCGGGAGGUCUGCCCAGUGACCCACCGUCCAGCUCUGUACCGAGACCCUGUUACAGACAUACCCUACGCCACUGCUCGGGCCUUCAAGAUCAUCCGCGAGGCCUAUAAGAAGUACAUCACUGCACAUGGACUGCCACCCACUGCCUCGGCCCUGGGCCCUGGACCCCCACCUGCUGAGCCCCUUCCUGGCUCUGGGCCCCGAGCGUUGCGUCAGAAAAUUGUCAUCAAAUGAAAUCAUGCCUAGAUCCUAGAAACCACUGUCCUGCCCUGACCUGGAGUUCCUGCCUCUCCCUGGCCUCUCUCUGCUUCUCCCCUUUUGUCAUCUUUGAUGUUUGCCCAGUCCUCUUUCUGCAUCUUUGCCCCUAGUUGCUACGGGUUUUGUUGUAUGUUUUUUUUUUUUUUUAACCUAAUAAAAUAGAAAGAU